AAUCCCACCAUCUCGUAGUGGUACAGUCGUCGCACAAUCGUUGCACGGUACACCAACCCGUUCCCGCCGUCUUCCCACCGUACCUGCGUUCGGCCUCACCAAUAUUUCUAAUAUCACUCCCGAACGAACCGAGUCUCGUGAUUACUGUUACCAACUGUUACCAAUCAACCAGAUUGUCCUUUUAUAAGCUGCCUGGCUUGUCGUGGCUCUAAUACGAACGGCGCCCAUUCUGGGACAGCCUCGGGUGCGUCGGCUGCCGGCCUACAACAUCGGAUUGCCACUCCCAACGGUGUUCCAGCUCUCUAAAUCUAGUCACUCGUUCAUAAUUCACCAUGUAUCUUCCGUUUCGUAUCCCUAUCCCACUCCGGCCUGAUGUCGACAAUUGUCUCAGCUGUAAUAAGCUGUCGACCAGAAACAAUAAUGCGCCUCCCAACACCAUCUUCGUUGUUGUUGGCAUUAUAGCUGGUAUCUUGGUGCUUGUUUCUCUCGUUUAUCUUAUUUCACGCCAUAAAAUGAGGUCGAGGCGGAGAAGUGGAAAGGGUGGUUACCAUCAGACUUCUGACGUAGAAUCGCUCGAUACAACUACUUCGCGGAGUGCGAGAACGCGAAACGACCCGUCCGACUCCAAUCCAUCGGUCUCCGAAACGAAUCGGAAUAGUUCGGUAACGCAGGUAGAUAGGCACACGUCCGUUCGAUCAAUAAUGACCUUGCCAGCGUAUCGCACCAAGGCAAAUGAAAACGAACAAGUCAUAGGCCGCGAAGGAGAGCGCGAUGGCGUUGACGUCGUGGUGGAAUAUCCUUCUGCCGAGGAUAUGGAGAGCAUGAGAGACGAAGAAAUGGAGACGCUAUUUCAGAUCCGGAUGGCAAGAAGACGGGAGCGCGCCGAACGGGAAGAACGACGUCGUUUAGCCGACGAAGCGAGGGCCCGUGGCGAUGCGGCGGCAUUAAUGGAUUUGGCUGCUCGGCGACGAGCCGCGCACGCGAAUAAUGAGGUAGAGGGUUUGCGCGACGCAUACGGUCAGAUAAAAGACAAGCGGCAACGAGCCGUCUCUAGUGUUAGCUAUCACGAACUUGGCGUAGCGCAACUCAAUGGAACGAGAGUCCGCGCAAAUAGCCAAGAGAGUGAGGGAGUAGGGUUGCUCUCCGAUGCGGCCAGCAUAGCGUUAUCGAUGCGAUCACCUUCGGCCCAGUCACAUCGUCGCGAUCGAAGCGCCAGCUCUGUUUUGAGUCUGGAUAGUGAUUUCCCAUCGCCGGCAUUGAGGUCUGGGGCGUCAACACCGCGAUUAGGGAGCCAUACCCGUGCAGGGUCAAGCCCCGAGAUAAUUACUGAGGCAGAUUUAGGCGACUCUGAUAUGCCACCACCAGACUAUGAAGAUGUUAGCUUGGAUGAUGUCAGAUCGGGUGCAACGACAUCCAUGUUUAAUGGCCCUCCACCUAACUACAUCCACCCCACCGAAGAGCGUGAGCGAAGGCUAAGCGCACAUGUCGGUGAUAUGGUGGACAGGAUGACAGAAAGUGGUGACCUUUCGACGACGGAUCAUGCUCGAGAUAGACCCUCCUCAGCAAGGCUUUCCAGAGGUGUAGGCGGGGUCCCGCAAUUGCCCAGCCUACGGAUUGGAAAGUUGCCAAGGAUUGUUAUCGAGCCAUCAACCGCCCAUCCUAACGACCCCGAUCCAUGAGCACACGGUCAUCCGAUGCCAUCUAAACUCUUUGAGCUCGGGCAAGAAUGACACCUGACUCACGAAAUACCACGACGACUAUGUGGCCCAUGGCCGGAUUAUUAAAUAUGUCGAUACUCAGCUGUAUACAAAGAUUUGGGAUAGUACUUGUUAAAUAU